AGCCGCUUGGGCCCACACAGCAUCUCCUCGAGCAGACCCACCGUGGGCGCGCGGGCGCGGUGCCGCGGAUGGGAUCGCCGCGAGACCUGAGCUCGCCCAUCCGGCAGUCCACGCCCGACGUCUCGUCCCUCCAGCCCGUGUUGAAGCACGAGCGCGGCUGCAGGAGCUUCGACGCCGACGGCGAGACGUAUUGCCUCCAGGAGGUCCUCGGCGAGGGCAGCUAUGGGUCCGUCUACCGCUGCCUGCGGGUCCGGGGCGCCGCCGUGUUCGCGGCGAAGAUCAUCGACACCAUGCGCAUCGGCUUUGUCGGCGGCCCGGAGGGCGUCCGCGCGGCGGAGCGGAUGGCCUCGCGGGAGGUGGACGCGCUGCGGAAGGUCUCUAGCCAUCCGGGCAUCAUCUCCUUGCAGGGCGCGUUCUUCUCGGACAGCACGCGCCAGGUCUUUAUCGUCACCGCCUUCGUGCCCGGGGGCCACCUGUUCUCGCACGUGGUGCAGCGGACGGUGCCCCUGAAGGAGGCGGAGGCGUCGCAUAUUGUGGCCCAGCUCGCCGAUGCGGUCUCGUUCUGCCACGCCCUCGGUGUGGUUCACAGGGACCUGAAGCUGGAGAACGUGCUCGUGUCGACCAUCGACGUGCGCCUGGUGGAGCGUCAGGACUCCUCUGGCGUGUCGGGUUGGCAGGCAGAAGAGCUGUUCUCCGUAAUAAUCUGCGACUUCGGAUUCGCAAAAUCACUGGAGCGCUUCACCACCCGCACGCCCAUCGGGACGAUGUCGUACACCGCGCCAGAGAUUCCAAUCGAGCGUGACGAGGCGAGGUCGUCCGCCCAGACCACGAGCAGGUGCGACUAUGACGCAUUCAAGGCCGACGCGUUCUCGAUGGGGGUGCUGAUGUUCGUGAUGCUGUGCCUGGGCUUCCCGUCCAAGGACGUGGGCGAGAGCUCGCACAGGUCUCACUCGCUCUGGCCCGCUCUGUCCAGCGACGCUCAGUUCCUCAUCGACGGCCUGCUCAACGCAGAUCCUAGGCAGCGUCUCGGCGUUCUAGAACUGUACAACCACCCCUGGGUGGUGCUGGCACAGGCGCACGACCACGGCGAGUCCUUCCAGCGCAGCGUCUCCAAGCAGAUGGUUCUGGACAAGGCCGAGCCCGAGCUCGGCCCCACGAGGCGUGCCCUGGCGCCGAAGCGGAACACCGGCGACCCGACGCAGGACCCCGCCCUGCCGGGCAUCCUGGGCCUCUGCCGGGCGCUGGUCCACGUCCAGCAGGAGCGCGGCAUGGCGUGCUGGGCGCUCGCGGGCACCGCCAGCCUGGGCGGCAUCUCCGUGUGGGACCAGCUGCAGUGGCACGUGCAGCUGACCGAGAAGCGGAUCAGCGAGGCCAAGGCCCUCAUGGACGAGCGCGCCCGCUCGCACGGGCGGCCCGAGCCGGACACCACGGAGGCGCACGAGGCCGACCUUGGCGCCCUGUUCGCCAUCCUGGCCGAGGCGCGCAAGCAGGUCUUCGGCGUGGCCCCGUUCGACGCCGUCAACACCCGAUCCAUGAUCUACAACAGGGCGUGCGGCGCGCUGAUAGGGCUGGUGGCGCGGCUCAUCGAGACGGCCAGGCCUGGCUGCCCCGAGGAGCUCAGCCGCGCCGCGCGCCGGUUCCGGCUGUGCGCGGUGGCCGUGGAGCAGCUGUGCAGGGAGCGCGCCCUGAUCUGUGGCCUGCGGCAGGCGGAUGACCAGCCCUGCCCGGAGAGGCCCGGGCAGCCCGGCGGCUGGCUGCCCAGCAACAGGCUGCACCGGCUGGCAGAGGUCCUGGGCGCGAGGAUCGGGCUUUCGCAGCGAGGGCUUUGUCCCAAGGUGGGGUUAGAGAACGAAGCCAGCUGGACGCUCGCAGUUCCUGCUUCCAGGGGCCACUCGGAGCGACUUUCAUCCAACCCCACCUCUGCCCCUGCCUUGCUACGUGUUCCCGGCAGGAAGAUCCUGCUGGGGACCGCGGCCAGCAGCAGGUGUAGCGACACCGUUGCGACGUCGACGGGGCUGCUCGGCGCCCUGCUGGGCGAGAGCAGGCCGUCGCUGCUCGGGGCGGGGGAGAUCGCGGAGCUCGAGCUCAUCGAGCAACGCAUGUUCUCGGGGGGCGGCGGGGAUCAGGCGCCGACGGAGGUGCUGUACCGGACGAUCAGCCGGAUGGUGAACGAGAUCCACUCGCGCAUCUCGGAGGAGGGCCAGCGGAGGCAGCGGCGGUUCCUCCC